CUUGAAGCAUCCAAUAUCCACUUUUUGCUCCGUGUGUUCAAACCAGAUGUUCCAACGCGACAAAGAAGUUCCAACGGCAGGCCUUCCUGAUUUGAGUGGUCGCCAUGACAACAAAUUUGAUCAUCAACAACCAGCCGCCUCAGCCUCAGCCUCAGCCUCAGCCUCCAACGCUGGUCGCUGUCCAGUCUACUCAGUGGAGCACUGGGAUCUGUGACUGCUUCGAUGAUCUUCAAAUCUGUUGCUCUGGCUUCUGGUGCUUCCCUUGCCUCGCCUGCGCCACCACCGCUUACUUUGGAGAGUGUUUUUGUCUCCCCCUGAUGGACAUGAUCACCUUGUGUCCAGUUGUCUCCAUGUCCAUGAGAGUGGCCAUGCGCUACCACUACAAAAUCCAGGGAGACAUGGGAUCUGACUGUGUGUAUUCCUAUUUCUUCAAUGUCUGCUCAUGGUGCCAGAUGGCCAGAGAGAUAAAGAGACGCAGGCUGACUCUCGCUGUCCUCACCUCCCAGCCAGCGUACAUAGGUGCCCAGCAAAUGCACAUCCAGCCCGCAGUCAUCACCUCUCAGCCAAUGAUCUCAGCCAUUCCUUAAGAGGUCGUGACCUCCAGCGCCAUGCAACCUGUUGUUCUCUACCGAUUUCUAUAUUUUUUUUUUGGUCUCUAAUCUCUCUAAUCUCAAAAAUCAGUUGUGACUUAGACAAGUCACACUGAUGCAUGUUUGGAUAUACUUUUAGACUGAGAUGUAAAAGAAUUUUAUCAGCUUUCCUAGUCCAGGCACGUCAUCUUAUCACAUCUACGGAGCUGUCCUAACCUGUUUGGCAGCAGGUGGAAAAUGAUACGUGCGAACAGUCCAGUAUAUAAUUAAGAUGACUGACAGAUACUGAUAAAACUCCCAGGACUCCACAGACAAAACUUACAAACUCCAAAUAACAUGAUAACACUUUCGAUAAAGCCCUUUUUAAGUGAUGUAUAAUUUCUGCUGAUCUUAAAUACAUUAUGUUAUCUUUGUCAUUCAUUUCACUUAACCUGCAUCAAAUCAUCUCUGAGCCUUUGUGUUGAAUCUGCAGCUGAAGUCGUGAUCAGUUUUAUUUUGUUUUGCUGUGAUGAAUAGGAAUAGCUCUCAUGUCCUGCUCUGAGGUAGGGACUAUUUUUAGUUCAAAAAAUUUAAAAAUGUCUAAGCACUAUUUCAAGUAAAUAAAUAGAUAAAAAUAAAUAAAUAUGGGCCCUCAUUUAUUAAACUGCCUACUAACACUGUUUGGUCAGCUGACUACUUUAUAUUAUUCUGUUAUCUGGGCUCCUAAUUAAAGGUCCCAUAUUUAGGUAGGUAUAUUUAGGUCAUGUCCCAAGCCCCGCCCACCUGGACCCACCAUCUAACCUUGCAGGAUUUUGUUUUCUGCAGAGAGAAGCCUGAGAGAGGAGAUAUAAAACUACACUGAGCAAAUAUAUCUUCUUAUGGAUCAACACUCAACACCAGAUCAGUGUACAGUAUGGAACCUUUAAAAAAAACAGCUAAAUGGGAAAUUUGGGACUUAAAUGAAAAAAAAAUCUUUCACAUUAAUUCUUGAUUACUAUGAUGUAAUAGUUUUAUCCUACCAGCUGCAGUUGUGGCUUUGCUGUAAGAUGUCAAAUGCCCUUUCGGUAGGACGUA